GUUUCUCGACAAACAAAACCCCAUUAUUCUCCACUGGUUGGGUACGAAUUUUUACUUUCGCCGAAACGCUAGGGUUUCGUGUCGGUAGACAUGGCCGGUCACGCUGAUAAUCCGGAAUCCAAAAGUGAGUCGUUGAUGGACAAGAUCGCCGAGAAGUUUCACGGCGACGAUUCGUCGUCGUCUUCUGAUUCCGACAAUGAGAAGAAGAAGCAUACUGAGAAGAAGCCUGCUUCGCCUUCGUCCUCGUCUGUCAAGGACAAGAUGUACCGCUUGUUCGGCAGAGAGAAACCGGUUCAUCAGGUUUUCGGCGGAGGAAAACCUGCUGAUAUAUUCUUAUGGAGGAACAAGAAGAUAUCUGCCAGUGUACUCGGAGGAGCCACUGCAAUCUGGGUUUUUUUUGAAUUGCUCGAAUACCACCUGCUCUCUCUAGUUUGCCACAUUUUAAUUCUAUCGCUUGCAGUCUUGUUCUUGUGGUCCAAUGCUACAACAUUCAUUAACAAGUCUCCUCCGCAUAUUCCUGAACUUCAUCUUCCAGAGGAUCCAUUCCUCCAGUUUGCGUCUGCCUUGAGGAAUGAAAUUAACCGAGCUUUUGUUGUGCUGCGUGACAUUGCAUCUGGAAGAGAUUUGAAGAAGUUUCUAUCUGUUAUUGCUGGUUUGUGGGUUCUGUCAAUCAUGGGGAAUUGGUGCAACUUCUUGACGCUGUUUUAUAUAACUUUUGUAUUGCUUCAUACGGUACCUGUUUUGUAUGAGAAGUACGAGGACCAAGUUGAUCACUUUGCAGAGAAGGCAAAGAUUGAAUUUAUGAAGCAGUAUGCAGUAUUUGAUGCCAAGGUUUUGAGCAAGAUUCCAAGAGGGCCAUUAAAAGACAAGAAAAGGGCUUAAGAGAAUCUGAUGUUUCCCUUCUGGUGGACAAUUGGGUGGCCGUGAGCUUUUGGGAUGUGUUUUGUUCUUCUUAUCUAUGUUUUGCCAGAACCCUAGUUUUCAGUCUUGUUUCUGAUGUUUCUGGUGGUUGGGUUCUCAAUUUGGAUGAAUUUCUGCUUUCCUUGUCUUUAGUCUAGAAGUCAUAUAUAUGCAUAUAUAUAUAUAUGUGCUUAUAUAUCACAGUGAAAGCAGCGUUUGCCUGCAUGUUAACUGUAGGUGAUUCUGUAAUAACAUAACUAUAGGUAUCCUCACUGGUUGGCAAUUGGAUGGCUGUGAUUUUUCAGGAUUU